UAAGGGAAACUGGGAGCUUCCACGAGGCGCUGUUUGUUGUCGAAUGCCCGCCAGGUGGGAGGCAAAGGACUGACCCGCGGGGCUUCCCGUGCCAGCCGCCAGGACAAUCUCCUCCCCAGGAAGUCCUCCAGGUUGUCUACUGCCCCGCCUGCUACAUGACAGGGCGGGCCCGGUGGGUCAGCGCGCGCUUCCGUCUGGGGUUCAGAGUAGGCAGAGCCGAGCCAUGGGGAAGAAACGCGACGCCAUCCUGGAGGCGCUGGAGAACUUGACCCCGGAGGAGCUCAAGAAGUUCAAGCUAAAGCUGGGGGCGGCGCCGCUCCGCGAAGGUUUUCGGAACAUCCCACGCGGGGCGCUCGGGCAGCUCGACGCGGUGGACCUCACCGACAAGCUGAUCGCCUUCUACUGCGAGGACUACGGCGCCGAGCUCACCGCGGUUGUGCUGCGCGACAUGGGCAUGCAGGAGGAGGCGGCGAGGCUUCAGGGGGUCGCAUAAACACAGACCUGGUUGGGACUCACGCGAUUUUCAGGAGAGAGGCCCGCGCUCAAUCCACUGAGCUACGCCAGCCAGGGCGGUGAUGCUGUUUGUGGGCAAAAAUAGCCCGCAGAAGCCCACCUCGACCACCAGACGUGAGAAGAUUGUAGCUUCUCCACUGUGCAGACCCAGGACCGCUCCAUGCCUCCAGCCCCCGCCUGCUCCUGCCUCUGCCCCUGUCGUUAAUUCUAACGCAGCCCAAUAAAUGUUUCAUACA